AUGGCUGGUCCAGAGGAGGUGCCGGAUGUUGAAUCUGCUGGUGUCAAACGGCCGUCCGUGGAUAUUGAGAGCUUGCAACGAAAGAAGUUCAAAACCGAAGAGUUACCGUUGUCUCCCACGCAGCAUAGGACUAUUGAGAACCUCCUCCACGCAUUCAAGAAAAGGGGCGGCUUUGACACUACACGAAAGAAACUAUGGACGGAAUUUGAUGAAGGAGAAGGGAGGGUAGAGUUUACCAAUCUAUUAGUCGAAUUAGCAGAAUCCGAGAUCACUCGCGAGCCAGAAUUACUUUCCCGUGAACGUGGAAAAGCUGCGACGUUGAUCGAAGGAGCUGUGGAUCGUAGCGACAUCUAUAAAACCGUCGAGGCGUCGCUUGAUGCGCUGGCUUCGAAGCAUCUUCCUGCUAUCCUAGAGUCCAUCCGAGAGAUUCGCCGCGAGGAGAUCGGCGAUGAAGCUGCCGCUCGCGAAGAGCAGGCUGGGAAUAAAACGGACGAGGACUACGCCGCACAUGUUAAAGCUAAGCGGGAGGAGCGAGAGAAGGUGUGGCAAGAAACCUUGCGCAAACAGAAAGAAGCCGAAGAAGAGGAGGCGCGACGAAAAGCGGAAGAGAAGCGCAAGCAACGUGAGCUAGAUCGGCAAAAGGAGGAGGAGGAAAGAGCAAGAAGAAGGGAGCGUGAGGAACAGCGUCGCGCAGAACAGCGAGCACAGGAUGAGCAAAGAGAAAAGGAACGGCAGGAACGAUAUGAACGACGACGACGGGAGGAACGUGAAAAAUAUCGUGAUUGGCGUGACCGCAGUCGCACUAGAGAUAGAGACUCCGAACGAGAUCGCGAUAGGGACCGCGACCGCUAUCGUCGUGACCGCUCGCUAGGCCACCGCUCUGAUCGUGGAUUAUCUCCCCGUGUACGCGAUUUACGACGGGAUACGUCUGCAACACCAAAGGAACCCACGCCGGCACCUCCGCCUCCGCCUCCACCUCCUGUGGAUGAGAAGUCAUUGGAGGAAGCCGCUUUGCAGCUUCUCCUGAAAGAGGGCGAAGAACUUGCGGCUAAAGCUCGACAAAAACCCGAAUUUGACUUCGAAGAAGCAGAAGCAAUUGAAAAUGGCCUUAAACCGCCACCGGCCAAGCCGAAAGGUACCUCGGAAUCGAAAUUCUCUAAUACGCCAACCAAGUCCGGCAGCCCAGCUGUAGACGCUGAUCAGAGUUGGCGCCGUGGCUCGACUGCAGAUGAGCGCAAUCGCACUCGGAGACGGGAUGAUAGUCGCAGUCGUUCAAGGAGACGAUAUACGUCUCGAUUUGACGAAAACCGCCGGAGCUCUCGAGACAUGUCUGUGCGGCCGCGUGACCGCGCCUCUGAUGAUAGGCUUGCUAUUCGUGAUUUUCGGGAAGACCGAGAGCGCGAUCGCGAUCGCGAUGGCGACCGCGAUGACCAUCGUCGACGGCGUUAUUCUAGGUCCCGAUCGCGCGCUAGAUACCGAUCGCGCUCUCGCUCCCGUCAGAGGCAUCGGGAGCGCGAGCAUGACCGUGACCGUGGUCGAGAGCGGGAUAAAGAGCGUGACAGUAAACCAAUCGAAGUCGUUCCCCUCGUCGGCGCGUCCGAUCCCCCGAGCGAUCGGAGCGCGACGACCGACCGCGCUUUGUUGAGAUUGAUCGAUAUAUACCCGGUGGAGAGCGAGACCGUGACCGUGAGAAAGAUGCGGAUCGAAGUCGUGAACCUGAUGAUCGGAGACCACGAAGGAAAAGUCCUAGUCGGAGGAGCCGAAGUCGGUAGAUUUGCGGCAUGUUAA